AGAAAAAACCAGACAAAGACCCAGGGGACCAAUACAAGUCUCUGAUCCAAAGACCUUAGACAUCUGCCAAGUGUUUUAUAUUCAGAAGAUCAUAAAGAUGAGAAUAUGUGGGUCCUUUAAAACCCUUACGGACAGAAAUUAAGAUUAAACUUCAGUGUUUGUCACCAUCCAAUUCAUCAAUGAAUGCUUUGAAUAUUUAUCUAGUAGGUGGGUUUAAUUCAGUAUAAUCCAACCUCAAAUUUAAUGGGAGGUCCUUGUUUUCUCUUCAUAUAAAUUAAGAGUCUCAUCUGUGAUAGAAAGUAGAAAGUCGAACUGACAGCUGAAAUAUUGUACCACAGCUUUGAAGUGGCAGCUUUGAGAAACACAGUAAACAACAGGGGCAGGCUACAAAGGAUAUAAUCAGUUGUGAAAAUGUUUGACCAGAGCAUCAUGGAGGACAACAAUCAAGAAAUCCAAUAUUGCUUUCCAAACAACAAUUUGUCAUGUUUCAAAGAAUUUAAACAUGAAGUGGAGUAUGUCAUUUUGUACAUGUUCAUUUUUUUACUGUCAGUGUUCACUGUGUUUUUGAACCUGCUGGUGAUCAUCUCCAUCUCUCACUUCAAGCAGCUCCACACUCCAACCAACCUGCUCAUUCUCUCUCUGGCUGUGGCAGACCUGAUCGUGGGACUGAUUGUUAUACCGUUAAUGGGCAUCAGAUUCAUAGAAUCAUGCUGGUACUUUGGAGAGACAUUUUGUUCUCUUUUAUUAUUUAUUAUUUUUAUGGUUGUUACAGCAUCUCUUGGUAAUUUGCUUCUUAUAUCUGUAGAUCGUUACAUUGCUGUGAGUGACCCUUUGAGAUACACAGUAAGGGUCACAACUGAUAAAGUUGUUUUUUGUAUUAUUAUAAACUGGUUGUGUUGUGGUAUAUAUUCUAUCAUUAUCUUAAACGAUACUAUGUUCUACCCAGGCACAAAUGACAGGUGUUAUGGAGACUGUAGAAUAUCUUUUAAGUUUGAACAUUUUGUCACAGACCUUAUAGUCACUUUUGUUGCCCCUUCUUCUGUAAUCAUGUCUAUAUAUGUGAAAAUCUUCUGUGUUGCAAAAUACCAGGCCAAGGUUGUAAAUUCUGUCACAGGUGUCAGCAGAUCACAAAGAAAGGCAGGAAAAACUCUGGGGAUUGUUGUUGCCGUUUUCUUCAUGUGUUGGAUACCUUACUAUGUAGUCAUCCUUAUUGAAGGAAAUGAGUCAACAGAAUCUGUUGAACUUAAUGUAACAUGUUGGAUUUUGUACAUGAAUUCCUGUAUGAAUCCGCUUAUCUAUGCACUGUUUUAUAAAUGGUUUAGAAUAUCAGCUAUAUACAUUGUGACUCUAAAAAUAUUUAAACCAUCAUCUGAAUACUUGAGUCUUUUCCCAGAGGAUAAAUGA